CCCGCUCCAACGCACACCAACACAACGAUGGCCGCAAAGCUCUCCCUCCUCCUCCUGGGCCUCGCCGCCACCCUCGCGAGCACCGCUGCCACCUCCUACGGGACAACCCAGCAAAACGCCGCCCCCGCCAACUAUGACUUCAACUGGGCCGUCAACGACGCGCCCUCCAGCAACAACUACGGUCAGCAGGAGUCCCGCCAGGGCGACAACACCAAGGGAUCCUACUACGUGCAGCUGCCCGACGGCCGCCUCCAGCGCGUCGACUACACCGUCAGCGGCGACUCCGGCUUCGUGGGGCAGGUCACCUACGAGGGCGAGGCCCAGUUCCCCCAGCAGAGAUACGGCGCCCCCACCACCAGACCCACGCAGGGCUACGUCCGCUAGGCCUAAUACAUCCUGGUGUCCCUGCACCGUAACGCACUGCACCGCACCGCACCGCCC